AUGGCUCGCGUUGGAGAAUCGCGGAAAAAGCCUCCAAGAUCCAUUACUUUCGCCGUGAGGCUUCCUCCAGCUGAGGUCGGCAAUGGUGCCAGUGAGGACGACGCGGAGAUAUGUUCUCACGGGGCACAUCAAGACCAGCACUGCUACGAGAAUGUAGCUUAUUCUCUUCAUCCCUAUGCUUUAUUCCCCGUGGAAACAGACGGUAGAGCCCGCCAAUUGAUCCACUUCAUGCAUAGCGAGGGUGAUUACCUCUAUCGACCAUUCCGAAAUGAGUGGUUCGCAAUGGCUGUUAUCGACCGUACCGCAUUCUACCUCUCCUUGGCGAACGCAGCGCUGUUCUUCCAUCAAAUGACUGAACGCAAAGGUUGUGAGUACGGUGACUUUGAAGAGUCCUCAAAGUAUCUCAGCCUGUGUCUCAAUGGGGUGGCUCAAAGACUUGAAAGGGAAUCUCAUCAGAUCAGUGACGGAGUCAUAACUACAGUCUUGGGAUUUCUCUGUCACGAUUCUAAUGUCGGCAGAUGGGACCGAUACGGUGUCCAUAUGCAGGGUCUCAAUAAUAUUAUCCAAGUUCGUGGCGGCUUUCAGACUCUGAACAGUACCAUUGUCAUGUUCACCUGUUGGUUUGAUAUUCUUGGUGCCUCUGUUUUUGACCGCAAGCCGCUCUUCCCGGUUGCCUUUGGGCUGUCCUCUGCGAGCGCCCAAGACAACGUAUUGUCUCCAUCGGUGACGGAUCUCCUCAUGCGGAUUCGUAACUCCUCCGAGGGACUUUUCGACAUGACGACCGCACUUGAGAACACUGCACAUCUGAUAAUGUUUGUGAAUAAUAAUGGAGGAAAUCCUCUGUUUUGGAAGGACGGCGCCACAGCAGCAAGCCGAAUCACACCUGUUCUCCAUUUCCUUCUAUCAUUACGACGGUUCACUGAUCCGACUUCACCUGGCCAUACCCUGCGGAAGUCAGUGCUUCAGGAGAUGGUCAGACUCGCCUUGCUCAUCGUGGUGGCCAGCGUGAAACAGGCCUUUGCACUCAUAGCUGAUGAGCUCGCCGGACUACUACAGCGAUUCUCAACUUUCGUUCCCAUGGCAUCUCGUAUCGAUACUUACUUUCCGGAACUCAGCCUUUGGGCUAUCAUCAUGGUCGCUACAUUGCAGCCAGACCAACCCGAUCUACUGCAUGCGAGGGCUACACUCAAUGUGAUGAGAGCCAUGGGAGUCAAAAGUGGCAAGGCCGCCGUUGAAAGUGCGCGAAGUUUCAUCUGGAUUGAUAAAUUGAUGGAGAUGAGUGUCGCAAAAGUCAUUUUCGAGAUUGAUAAUGCUUUGUGUUGCUCCGAAGCAGACCAGGAAGACUACCCAAGAUCUCAGCACACUUGCUGGUGA